UGUAAUUAUGACUUCUACUUUCAAUUUUAAUGACUUAUUAACCCUCAAAGCUUUUUCAGUCCCCGCCCUACCAUGUGACGUCACAUAUUUCCCCUCAGCGCUUUAGACCGCAUAUCAGCCACAAAUAGCGGAAAGCAGAAACUGGAAGUGAAGGGGUAUCACGUGAUAUCUAAAGAAGCCCAUGUGACCCGCAUGUCGUCAGGCCAACCUGGAGCAGCUUCGCCACAAGACGCAACCGCAGCGGUUCAGUGAGUGCUCAGUGUUGGACUCAACAAGAAACGUAUAUUUUUCCUGACUCAUUUAUGCAGAAUGGGUGAGGAUAGAAAACUGAUGACUGAGAGGGUACUCAACUUUACCCUGGAGAUCAUCUACCUGCUGACUGGAGAGGAUUAUAAAGUAGUGAAGAAGUCUGGUGAGUCUGUGUUUCCCAGCAAUGGUUCCUGUUUGUCAGGAAAAAGGAGCAGGACCCAGAGCCCUAUCAGAGAGUCAUCUCAUUCAACGACACAAGACAGAAACUAUGAGCAGAAAAUCCUAGAGCUAACACAUCAGAUCACUGCGCUUCUGACUGGAGAGGUUCCUGUAAGGUGUCAAGAUGUCACUGUGCAUUUCUCCAUGGAGGAGUGGGAGUAUUUAGAAGGACACAAAGAUCUGUACAAGAACAUCCUAACAGAGACCGAAAAGAACCUCACAUCACUGGAAUCCUGCAAGAGAAUUCCACCAGAGAGAUGCCCCAGUCCUCUGUAUUUCCAGGGUAGUUCGGGAAAAAAUGACAAUGUUUCACAACUUGAUCAGGUAGUUAGAGGAGCAAAAGAAAAUACACAUGUGAUGGAUCAGCAGUAUAAAGAGGAAAAGAAUCAUGUAGCUAUCUGGCCAAGUUAUGGAACAGAAGAUAAUUAUGUAAUACAAGAUUUAUCUGGACAACAGCAUGUUACCUCGCAAAUCUCCCUUGUCCUUCAUAGCACAGAGCCAUCAUUUGUUCAUUGUAGUGACAAGGGACACUCUCUUGGUCUGUCACAGUCUGUUACUCCAAGUGCAGGUCAUAGCAAAGGGAGCAUACUCCCAAAUUCUGAAAAUGGUAUAUAUUGUAAAAAGGACCUUUCCAAGCACAAGGCGAUUUACAGUGAUGAGCAGUCAUAUUCAUGUUCAUAUUGCGGAAAAAGCUUUACUAGAAAAUCAGAUCUUGUGACACAUCAAAAAAUUCACAAAGUGGGUAAACAGUAUUCAUGUUUAAAACGUGGGAAAAGUCUUCCUCCGAAAUCAUCUCUCUGUGAGACGCAGAGAAUUCACUUAGGGGAAAAGAUAUUUUCAUGUAUAGAAUGUGGAAAAUGUUUUACCCGGAAAUCGGCUUUUAUUGAGCACAAGAAAAUUCACUUAGGAAAAAAGCUGUUAACAUGUUCAGAAUGUCUCAGGACUUUUAUGCAGAAAUCAUCUCUUGUUGAGCAUCAGAGAAUUCACACUGGGGAGAGGCCGUUCCAAUGUCUAGAAUGUGGGAAAUGUUUUACACAGAAAUCAGGGCUUCUUAACCAUCAGAAAAUUCACAGAAGGGAGAAGCCAUUUUCAUGUUUGGAUUGUGGGAGAAGUUUUAAACGAAAAGAUAAUCUUAAAAGGCACCACAGAAUUCAUAGAGGUGAGAAACCAUUCUGCUGUUCGGAAUGUGGGAGAUGUUUUAUUCAGAGAUCGGAUCUUUAUAAACAUCAGAAAAUUCAUACAAGGGAGAGGCCAUCUUCAUGUUUAACUUAUGAAAAAUUAUUUUACCAUAAAAUCCGAUAAAACUCAAACUUGUCUUAAUCUGUCAUUUAAGUGUUAUUUCUCUGUUUUUGAACAAAGAGCUUUACAGUCGUUCGUAAUGUAGUGGAACGUCUUUUGGAAGACCGCCCAAAAAAAUUGCAUUAAAAAGUGGAUUUCUAUAGGGGUGGUCUUCUCAAAGAAAGUGGCCACUAUGUAUUAUGUAUGGUGGCCUGAAAAUGGGCCACAUCUUUGUGUAUUUCAUUCUCUCCUGUCAAGCCUCCAUAGGCAUUAAUCGAUAGCAUAAUUUUGGUAAUGCUCCAUACAAUCAGUCUGUGUGCUUUCAAAUUAGUCAAGAGAAUGAUCGGGAUAAUUGCGGUGAAGAACUGACACAAACAAUGUGAUGCGUUGGAGUUCUCUGUUCAAAACCGCUGCUCAAUAUUUAUUUAUAGGCUCAAAGUAGAACAUCAUACAUCCUUUUACAGUGUAUUUUAGGGUGUCUUCUUUUUCCAUUCAGAAUACAACAAAUAACACAAUGGGGUUUAUUUACUAAGAGUGGAGUGUAGGUUUCUUUGUGGGUUUUGAUUUCAGACAGGUAUUUUCCCAAGGUAUUUACUAAGGUUUCCCUACAUUUUGCGACACAAUUUGGGCGCAAAAUCCGACAAAAGAGUUGGGAUCACGUUAGUAAAUAAACCCCAAUGUCGUUUAGGGUAGGGUUGCAUGUGCCAUAUUUUCCUGCAGCAUAUUUUACUACCCAUAGAAGUCAAUAGGUAGCAAAAUCAGUUGCCUAAAAUAAGCGGCAAAAUACGACAUGUGUGACCCAUAGGGUUUUGUCUCCAAUCAGAACACAGCAGACAAAUCUGGAACUGAUCAGCAUUUGAGUGGAAAAGACCCUUUUUGGAGAGAGAUUUUGAGCCCCCUCUCUCUGGGGCAGUGACAGACAAUGGUGUAUAGAUAACAUACAGUUAAACUAUACUUUAAUCAUGCAUAUGCUACAUCCUAUAUAUUCUAUAUAGUAUACACACAAUUGUCAUAUCAUGCAUAAAAGGGCACAUUCACACUUCAGCAUUUCUAAGCAGAAUUUCUAGAUAAAAUACAGCACAGAAUUUUUGUUGCAUGAAGCAACCAUUGAUUUCAGUGGGAUUUUAACUGACCUGUUCACACUGUGGAAUUUCUGCUGUGGAGAUUUAAGGAUUUGUAUUUUGUCAAAAAGAAUGAACAUGUUCAUUUGUUAAGCUUAAUUCUGCAGCAGAAUCCCAUUUUACUCAAUAGGACUUUUUUUUUUUCUUUCUUUUCUUUCUAUGCUUGUUUUUGCAGUAAAAUUCUGUAUGAAAUAAGCACUGAUUCUGUACAAAUGGGAAUUCCAAAAACUAAGCAAUUCCAGUGCGGAUCAAGUGCAGUGCAGAAAUCCAGCUUAUUGCUUAAA